GGAGGCGGUGUGCGUGGGUGUCCUGAUCUAUCUGCACAUACUAGGGGGAACACAGGAACCUGUGAAAGGCCUCAAAGGCCUAAGAGAAGAAAGUUUCUUCAGCUGUAAAAUAAGGAGGACUUAGCAUGUUAUUUGAAGUCCCUUCAAGCUGUUAUUAUUCUAAAGGUUGAAAGGGGUUCGAUUAUACGCCCGUGCUAACCAAACAGAAAUAGUACCACGUGGGUUACAUACAGUCUCUUGAGUUCUCCCUCUCUCCUUGGCAAUUACGGUAGUGGCCUGUGCCUUUAAAAAAAAAAAAAAAGAAAGAAAGAAAGGGGGAAAAAAACAGCUACCCACCUAUCUCCCAGGAAACCUUCUACUCUUGAGUGUGAGGCUGAGAACCUCCCUGAGCUGCGAAGGAUGCUCGGACACAGACGAAGGGCACAGAGAAGCUGGUGCUAACUGGGUGACAGCAGAAUCCCGGACGCCUCAGACACGAUUCCAUCCCCAGAAGUCACAACGUUCCCGGCUCCGAAGGCUCGGGAUGGACAAACCUCUGCCGCCCGAGAGCAACUUAACCUCAGAUAAUGGCCAGCCAGAGGUUGUCAGAAAAGAAUCUAGACGUCUUUCAAGAGAACAGCUUUUUACGCUAAUAUCUGCUGGUUCCAUUAAUUUGGGAUCAAUGAUGUGCUAUUCAAUAUUGGGACCAUUUUUCCCUAAUGAGGCUGAAAAAAAAGAUGUCAGCAAUACAGUUAUUGGAAUGAUCUUUGGAUGUUAUGCUGUGUUCAACUUACUGUCAUCCUUGUUAUUUGGGAAAUAUCUUGUACACAUUGGAACAAAGUUCAUGUUCGUGGCAGGAAUGUUUGUCUCAGGAGGAGCUACAAUUCUUUUUGGUAUGUUGGACCAAGCUCCUGAUGGACCAGUAUUCAUUACUAUGUGUUUUCUAGUGAGAGUGGUGGAUGCCAUAAGUUUCGCUGCAUCACUAACUGCAUCGUCUUCUAUUCUUGCAAAAGCUUUUCCAAGUAACGUAGCUACAGUGAUGGGAAGCCUUGAAAUCUUUUCUGGGCUGGGCCUAGUUUUGGGACCUCCUCUAGGUGGCUUUUUAUACCAAACCUUUGGCUAUGAAGUACCCUUUAUUUUUCUUGGAUGCUUAGUUCUACUGAUGGUGCCAGUCAACAUGUGUAUUUUGCCUGACUAUGAUUCUGCUCCUAGUCAACACUCAUUCUGGAAACUGAUUUCUAUACCCAAGGUUGGACUUCUAUCAUUUGUCAUCAUGUCAUUAAGUGGAGGUUUUGGUUUCUUGGAUCCUACACUGUCUCUCUUUGUAUUGAAUAAAUUUAAUUUGUCAGCAGGAUACGUGGGCUUUGUAUUUCUGGGGCUGGCAUUAUCAUAUUCUAUUUCUUCACCCCUCUUUGGACUGCUAAGUGAUAAAAUUCCAUACCUAAGGAAAUGGCUCCUGGUUUCUGGAAGCAUAAUAACAGCAGUAUGCUAUAUGCUUUUAGGACCUUUUCCAAUCUUGCGUAUUGAAAGUCGGCUCUGGCUCUUAGUCCUAGCACUGGUUGUGAACGGCAUCUCUGCUGCAAUGAAUAUAAUACCAACUUUCCCAGAGAUACUCAGUUGUGCAUAUGAAAAUGGAUUUGAAGAAGGAUUAAGCACGCUGGGACUUGUGUCUGGACUUUUUGGUGCAAUGUGGUCACUUGGAGCUUUCAUAGGACCAACACUAGGUGGAUUUUUAUAUGAAAAAAUUGGUUUUGAAUGGGCUGCAGCUAUACAAGGACUCUGGGCUCUAAUUACUGGACUGGCAAUGGGACUGUAUUAUAUUGUGGAGCACUGGCGAAGAAAGAGAUGUGAACUCCAAAAUACCCUCUGCACAGAAGAAGAUAGAGAAGAAAGAACAUCUCUGUUGCCCCAUGGGAUAUAGCCUUACAUACUCUGGAUUCAUAGGAUGCUUGAAGCUGUAUUCUCAUUACUUUUACAAAUCAGAAAUAUUUUUUUCAGAAAGAAGAGCCCACAAACAGAACAUAGGGCCCUAAAAACGAGCUUUUUAAAUGAUCCAGAGUUAGGUGGUUAAGUGCCCUGAUAAGCUGGCCAACUUUGAUAUAUUUGAUGUGCCUUGUACAGGACAAAUGUUGGAAAAUUCUUUGGAUCUGUUUUUAUGUGUAUGUCAAAGCUCCUUGCCUUCUGGGCUGGGUGGCUGAAUGUAUUCAGGUUUCUUACUACUUCAGUGUAUGUUUUACUGUAAGUGCAAUCAUUCUGUAAAUGCACCUUUUUAUGGGGGGGCUAGGGAGAGAGAAUGACUUAUCUUUGGGUAACUGAUAACCUCAGUGAACUUAUACAGUAACUCAACCUCAGUGAACUUAACAAUGACUCAAAAUAUUUG